AUGAAUAGGCACGGUACAAAGCCGCCCGAUAGGCAGCAAUUCAAUGACAUUACAUUACGAAAUCAAUCAAUUUCGUGUGGAAUCGAAAUCAAACAGGAGCCAACCAUUAAACAAGAGAAUGAAGUCUCCGAGGAAAUAUUGAUGGUGUCGCGGUCAGCACACACAGCCAUUAGAUCGCUUGAUAAUUCGAUUGGUGUUACAGAAAUGACUGACACCGGCGUUCACUUUGAUUUCUACGACUUGGAUGAGGUAAAAUCGGAAGUAAAGAUUGAAAAUGUCGAGGUUUGGAAGAAACAAGUUCCAGGAAGAAGCUCUGGCAAAGACCAAUCACCACAAAGCAUUCCAAAGAAGCAUCUUUCCAAGGACAAGAAUAAGAAGUCAAGUGGGUUGAAUGGCGGUGCAGCUAUAAACGGGAAAAAUAGCAAAGCCAACAGUUUUGAUGACAAGGAUGAGCUAACUGAAGGCAAUGGGAAUGAAAAGCGGCACAAGUGUUCAUUGUGCGAUUAUGCCACCGACUUCACAACCGCCUUGAAGAAACACAUGUUCAAGCACACCGGCGAACGACCAUUUCCAUGCAACGUGUGCCAGAAGCGAUUCACAGCAAAACAACAUCUCCGAUCGCACAUGAAAACACACGUCGAUGAAUUUCUGUUCAGUUGCUCGAAUUGUUCGCAAGUAUUUCAUCGCAGCGACGAAAAAGUGGAACAUGAAACCGGUUGCAGGAAGGAAAUGGAAAAUCAUGAAGCCAACUGCAAGCGACUCGGAUACCGAUGCGAUGUGUGCAAGAGCUACACAACUGAUCAUAAGCCAAAUAUGAUGAAACAUAUGCGAGUCCACACUGGCGAAAAGCCAUUCCAAUGUGAAGUAUGCUCGAAGGGCUUCUCGCAAAAGGCAAAUCUCAAUCAACAUAAGAAAAUGCACAAACCAAGAGCUGUUGAACAAAGUACUAUAAAUACAAGCUUAAUGUCAGAUAAUGGAAUUGUAGUUGCACAUUGA